AUGAAUAAAAAUACACUAUCAAAUAAUAUACACGAUAAAAGUUACAAAUACUCAAAGAAUAGACAAGCAAGUAAUGAUGAGAUGGCAUACAUUACAAAUGAAGAAAUAAAUAUGAAUAACUCCCAUGUUGUAAAAGAAAAAAGUGGUGACUGUAAUAAAGAUGGAACUAUAUUUAAAUUGGUUGAUAAAAAUAAUAAUGAUAUGUUAUUGAAAGAUGAAACGAAGGAAUAUACUCCUAAAAGUAGUAAUAAGGAUACAGUAUUUUUAGGUGAAAAGGGUAAUAGGUAUUUAGAAAAUACCAUAACAAAUAGGAUAGAUAUACCAUUAAAUAGAAAGAAUAUUAGUUCAAUAAACAAUAAUAAUAAUAAAAAUAAAAAUAAUAAUAAUAAUAAUAAUAAUAAUAGUAAUAAUGAUAGUAUAAAUUUUAAAAAUAAAGUUGAUAAUAAUUCUAACAUUUAUAACACAGCAAUAUAUACAAACUAUGAUAAUAUAGGAUGUACUAGGGAUGAUAUAUAUAAUAAUAACUGCAUAAAUAAUAUUGAUAAUGCUAAAAGUAGGGAUAAUAAUAAUUAUAUUAAGAGUAAUAAAAUAAUAAAGCGCAAGAAAAAUAAAAUUAUGUAUUAUAAUAAUACUCACAACAAUCGUGCUAUUACACAAAAAGGAUAUGAUGUUCAAGAAACAUGUAAUUCAUUAGAUAUCAUUGAUAAGAACAAAACAGAAGGAGUAUAUAAUAAUGAUGAAUCAAAUAUGGAAUGUAUUGAAAAUAAAUUGGAAGAUGUAUAUAAUAACUCGAAUAUAUGGGAUAAGGUGAAUGUAUCUUUAUCUAACUGUAAGUUAUCUGAAGGAGAAAAUGAAAAACGAUCUGAGGAAUUUUAUUUAAAUAAUUUUGUUUCUGACAAAAAUGAUAUGAAUAACACUUGGGAUAUAAACAACAUGAAUAAUAAUAUGAUGUAUUCAAAUAAUUUGGGAUGUGAGGAAAAGAAUUAUCAUGUAGCUAAAGAAAAUUAUAAAAGAUGGACAGAUGAAUACAAUAUAGAUGAAAUGUUUAUUAAAAAAAAUGAUUUUGAAAAUAUAAACCCUGAAAUAAUGAUAAGCAAUUAUAAAAAUAAUAAUAUACAUAAGACAAGUGAAAACAUAGAAAAUAUUAAAAAUAAUAAUAAUUAUAUAAAUGAUAGGGGUACAAUUAAUGGUGAUAAUUUAAAAAAACCUACAAAUGAUAAUAUGUAUCAUAAUGAAUAUAAUAAAAAUAAAAACGAUGAUAAUACCAAGUAUAAAAAUAAUAGGAACUAUAGGAACAAAUAUAUGAAUAAGAAAAAUAAUAAAAAUAAAACUAAAAAUAAUGCUAAUAAUAAAAGUGAAUGUAUAAAUGAUGGAACGAAUUGUUCUCUAUAUGAUAGUAUAAAUAGUUAUAAUAUAAAUAAUAAUAAUAAUAAUAUAAAUAAUAAUAAUAAUAAUAAUGUUGAAAAUGUCACAAAUAUAUUUAAAAACACUCCGUUUUCUCAUAUUACUAUGAAUGAGAAUAAUAUCAGAGAAGAUACUUCUAAUAUUCAUGUUCAUACAAAUAAGUAUCGUUUAAUGCAAAAAAAUGUAAAUGAAAUUAUUAAUUUUAAUAUAUCAAAGAAUAAUAGUACAAACGAAAAUAAUAAUUUGGUAGAUAAUAUGAAUGAUAAUUUAAAAGAAAAAAAUGAUAUGCCAGAUGAUAUAGAUAAAUUUCUUUUUAAUCAAAAUGAUAACAUAUCAGUUGAUGGUAGUAAAUAUAUGAUGAAUAAUAUAGAAAAAAGCAAAACAUUUAUAGAAGGAGAAAAAGAAAUAAAUGAUGUAAUUGAACAUAUAAGUGAAAAGGAAAAUAUGGAUACAAACAAAAAAUAUAGUAAUAAAAAAAAAAAUCAUGUACCUAAUUUAAAUAAUACAUUUAAUACUUUGAAAAAUAAUAUAUAUCAUAGUGUAGACCAAAAGGAUGAGGAAAAAUUGGGAUCUAAUAUAAUUAAUAAUACAAAUAGUGAUAUUAAUAAUAAUAAAAUGAAUGCUAAUGGUAAUACUAAAGGUAAUAAUAAUAUUAAUGAUAAUGGGAAUAUUUUAAGUGUACAUAUUUCACAACAUAAUAAUUUAAUAAAUAAUAUGAAUUCUAUUGUAUCAAAUGAGUACACAUAUAUGAAUGAAAAGAAGGAUGAGAAUAAUAAAGUACCUUAUAAUUUUCAAAUGAGAAAUAUAGAGGAUAUUUCUUCUUGUAGGAAUAACAUAAAUGAUAUUAAUUUAUUUGGGAAUAAAACGUAUAUAAAUGUACCAAAUAAUAUGGUUACAAAAAUGUUUAAUGAUACAAAUAGAUCUACUAAUAAUAAUAUGAAUAAUAUGAAUAGUGCAUCACAGAUAUAUGAAAAUGCCCCAAGUUUUAACACUUCUCUGGUUGUGACAAAAUCAAAUAUGCAAGAUAAUAUAAAUAAUAAUAUGAACAUUAUACAUAAUAAUAAUAAUAAUAAUGGAGCACAUUUUUUUAAUGGUGUAAAUAAUUCUGUUCAUGUCAAUUAUACGAAUAAUACAUCAAAUGAAAAAGAUGCUUUUAAUAGUAGCGUUUCAAAAAAAAACUUAAACGAAAAUAUGAGUAUAGAGAGACCAGUUAUAUUAAAUAAUUCACAAAUGUUGGAAGCAUUUAUUCAAGGAAGAUUAUGUUUAAGUUGUGAUUCAUUAGAUCAUCCUAUGCCAUUAUGUCCCAAUAAUUCUUUCGUAUGCCCUAAUUGUCAUAACGUUUCACAUAGAGGAAAUGAUUGUCCUAUGAAAUGCCGUUUUUGUUUAAAAUACCACAUGGGUAUUUCCAUAAUGGACUGUUUAAAAAAAGCAAGGAUACAAACUGAGAAGAAUAAUUCUAAUAAUGAUAAGAAGGAUAAUCAUAAUAAUAACUGUAGUAGUAGUAGUACUAAUAAUAAUAUGAAUAAAAUGAACAAAAAUUCAAAAAGUAAUGAUGAAAAAGUUAAUAUAGGUCCACGAUUUGAUAUAAGUACAAGGCCUGAUAAUUCAUAUGGUAGAAGUGUUUAUGUAUCUAACUUAAGUGAAGACAUUUCAAAUAUACAAUUAAGAGAUACUAUAAAUUUACAUCUAGAUAAUGGUUUUGUAGUAAAUAUAGACAGACAAGAUGGAUAUGCUUUUGUGGAAUUAUCAAAUUUAUAUUCUACCUUUCAAUUAGUACAAAAAACUGUUAGUAUUAAUUUUAAGAAAUUAAAAAUACAAUUCAAAAAAACUGGGCAGUUUUUAAUACCAGAUAAUCUUUCACAAAGUUUUGGAAAUAUGAAAAAUUUUAACAUGAACAUUAAUAUGAAUAAUAUGAAUACUAUGAAUAAUAUAAAUAAUAUGAAUAAUAUGAAUAAUGUAAAUAAUAUAAAUAAUAUAAAUAAUAAUAUCCAUAAUGAUAAUAAUAUAGUCGAAUAUAACAAUAAAAAAUCUUUAAUUGGACCCAGUAAUACACUUUCCAAAAAUAUACCAAACCAUAUGAUAAAUAAAAACUUGUCGAACAAAGGUACAACCUUUAUAAAUAUUCCAACUAAUAGGAGCAGGCAAUAUAAUAAUAGAAAUGCAAACAAUAAAGGUAAUAUGGGAGCAAACAAACAAUACAAUAACAAGAAUAAUAAUAAUAAUAAUAAUAAAAAGAAAACUAAUACUAAUAUGAAUACAAAUCAUAAUAAUAAAAGUAACCAAAUUAACAAUAUAAUUAAUAAUAAUAAUAUUAAUAUUAAUAAUAUUAAUAAUAAUAUUAAUAAUAAUAAUAAUAUUAAUUUUAAUCAAUUUUGCAAUAAUAAUAUUAUGAGUGCAGAAAGUUCUAACAUAACAAAAUUUACAAACAGCCAUUCAUUUAAUGCAGAUACAUUCCUUGAAGGUAAAAAUAAAAAUAUUUACAAAUCUUCUCAUUUAAAAUGUUCAAAGAAUACAUCGUAUUUUCUCAAUAACCAACAAAAACAGUUUCAUACAACAGAAUUACAAAAGAUACAUCAAAAUUCAAUCGAACCAAGUGAAGAAGUCAAAAAAAAUGAGAGUAAGGAAAAUAUUAAAAAAAAUUUUACAUGUAGUAAUUCAUUUGGUAAUGAGAUGAAUAAAUAUCAUAUUGCUCAAAAAGAGAAUAACAAAAUUUUAGCAGAAAAUAAUUACCAGAAAAAUAGGAAUUCAUACAAUGUUAAUACAAUAAUAUUAGAUCAGAAUAAAACUUGUCAAGGUAAUAAUUUAUUUGGUUCUCUGGAAUAUAAGAUUAAUAUGGAGAAUAAAAAUAUUUUUUCAAAUGAAUGUAAUAUUUCAUAUGAUAAUAAUUUUAUAUAUAAUUAUAAUUUUCCGAAUGAUAAUAAAGUUGCUUAUAAAUGUAGUACUUAUAAUAAUUAUAAUAUCACCAAUAAUUUCAAUAAUAAUAAUAAUAAUAAUAAUAUUGGUUAUCAAAACUAUUAUGGCACCACUUAUAAUCAUGGAUUGCCAAAGGUUAACGAAAAUAAUGAUAAUUCAUCUAGUGAUAUUCCUUUUAAAAACCAUGAUAAUAAGAUGAUAAAUGAUUAUAUGAAUUCAAAUACGAAUACAACAGCCUCAGGAUUUUGUCCAAAUAACUUAUUUACAACUAAUGACAUAAGUAAUAAAUUAAUGAAUCAAGAAGUUAAUAUAUAUAUGAAUAUAUCGAAUAAAGACAAUGGACAAAUAAAUAAAAAUAUGAGAAAUGAAACCAAUAAGACUAUGGAAACAAUUACUACAUCUUCUGAUAAUAUAAUGAAUGCAUCUUUUUUUAAUACUAUGUUUUAUGUCAAGGAGGAUUAUGUAGAAAAAUGUGAUGAAGGAAACCAUACCAUCAACUGGAUAGGGUAUACUGGAAAUGGCAUAAAUAAUAAUAAUAAUAAUGAUAAUAUAAAUAUAAUGAAUAGUAAGAAUAAUAUGAAUAAUAUGAACAAUAUGAAUAAUAUUAUUUAUAAAACUCCUCAAAGGAAUUAUAUGAAUAAUAAUGAUAUAGAUGUUAAUAGUUUGAAUACAUUUCCUCAUGAGAAUAAAAACAUAUCUCCAAAAUAUAUGAACGAAAAAGAAAAUGAUGAAUUUGAAUAUAAUACUCAUUUGAAUAUAAAAAGUAUUCUAGAUGAUGCGAUAGAAAUUAAUCAGAACACAAUAGAUUACGAUCAAUACAAUUAUUAUGAUAAUAUCACAAAUUGUAACAAUAACAAUAAUAAUAACAUUGACAAAUAUACUAUUCAAAAUGAUGUGGAUCAAACUACAGUUACGAAUUAUAAUACAUCAAAUUAUAAUAUACAGAUGAAAGAAGAAAAUAAUUAUAAAGAAAAUGAUUUAUUAUAUUAUAAUAAUUGUGAUAAAACAAAUAACAAAAAUGAGGAAAGUAUAUAUAUAAAUAAAAAUAUAUGGAAGGACAAAAUUGAUAAUUCUUAUAAUAUAUGUAAUGAUAUGUUUUUUGGAAAUAAUGACAUUUAUGAUAUCUUUUCAAAUUUUAAUUCAAUCAAAUUGUAUGAAAAUAACAUGGUAAAUGAUAAUACUAUUGAAAAAAUAGGAAAGCAUGUGAAUAUUGAUAAUAUUAUGAAUGAAACUAUUACAGAUCAUAUAGAAAAUGACGGUACUAUAGAUCCUAUAGAGAAUGAUAUUACUAUUGAUCAUACACAUAAUAAUAAUAAUGGUGACGAUAAUCAUAUCGAAUAUAAUGACUCUUAUAUUUUUAAGAAUAAUAUAAGAUUGAAUAAUACAAGAUUAAAUAAUGACACAUUCCAAAAUGUAGAAGAUUGGAAUAAAAACAAAUUAUCUGAUAUAUUGAAAAACAAUGAGAAUAUAAUGUUUCAUGAUAAUAAAGAUAUGACAAAUGAAAAUGUUCAAAAUCAAAAGGACAUAGAUGAUCUUGAAAUUUUAAAUAUUCCUUAUAUGAAAAAUAUGAAGGAUAAAGAAUUGGAUGCAAUCGAGCAGGAUUUAGAAAGACACAUCAAAGCCUUAUGGAAUAUAAGAAAAAUAAAGAUAGUCAAAUCUUACGACAUUCAAAAAUAA